CCGUAAUAUGACGUCAUUGGCUGUAUCUUGCUACAUUGAGAGAAAUGCUAUAUCCGUCCUUUCUACUGAGUCCGCAAUAAGAGAGGGAGCUGGUCUGCGAGAACUCAAAUAAAAUCCAACAAAAUGAUCAUCUACAAGGACAUCAUCACGGGAGACGAAAUGUUCUCUGACAUUUAUAAAAUCAAAGAGUCCGAAAAUGGGAUGUUGAUCGAAGUUGAGGGAAAGAUGGUGAGCAGGACCGAGGACAUCGACGACUCGCUCAUCGGGGGGAACGCCUCGGCCGAGAACCAGGACGAGGGCUGCGAUGCCAGCACCGUCAGCGGCAUCGACAUCAUCCUGAACCACAAGCUCCAGGAGACCAGCUUCACCAAGGAGUCCUACAAAGGCUACAUCAAAGACUACAUGAAGGCAAUCAAAGCCAAGCUGGAGGAGAUCAACCCUGACCGGGUGAAGCCCUUCAUGGCCGGAGCACAGGGGGAGAUCAAAAAGAUCAUGGGCAACAUGAAGAACUUCCAGUUUUUCACUGGAGAAUCCAUGAACCCAGAAGGCAUGGUGGGUCUGCUGGACUUCCGUGAAGAUGGCAUAACACCUUUCAUGACUUUCUUCAAGGACGGCCUGGAGAUUGAGAAAUGUUAACGCUUCUGGAUUUGGUGGCUUGGAAUCUCUACCACCUGUGGCCUCUUACCGAUACAGACUUCCUAAGGUCAUGGACAUGGAUUUGUCUCUCUGUUCCACGUUUGGAAUGGAAGAAUCUUCAAAGUGUCAAAAAAAAUUUCAAAUGUGUUUCGGCCCUCUAAGCAGCAGCCAGCCUUGGAUCCGCGUUGCAGAAGGUGGACUCCAUCGGAAAAGGACAUCGGACAGUAUUUCACUCGGUUGGCAAUAGGAAUGUGACAGCGUGAAAACGCUGUGUAAAUAUAAGUAUUUUCUGCAAAGGACAGUUCUUUUUAAUUUGCCCACUCGAUUCAUUGAACCCCUGGCUCCAUCAUUCUAUUCAGUUUUAUCAUAUGAUAUGGUCUCUCCCCCUCCCGCUCCCUCAACUGCUGGUCAAAUGUAACGUUGGAAAAUAAAUAAAUAAAUAAAAAAUGAACCACUGGACUUAA